AUGACUUUCGUGUCCUGCCGAAUCGUCCUGGCUUUGAUUCUGCUCAGCAACGGGGCCAUCGGCUCUCUCUGUGGAUUGCAGAAAAAUCAGAGCCCUAGUCGCAAGUCUCGGAUCGUUGGGGGAAGUGAUGCAGACCCUGGAGAGUUUCCGUGGAUGGUGUCGCUCCGCGUCAGAGGUGACCAUUUCUGCGGAGCGACCAUCGUACAUCAGAAGUUCCUGCUUACCGCAGCGCAUUGCGUCCAGGGCAGGAAUCCCCGAUUAUUCACCGCAAGAGUGGGCGAACACCACAUGGGCCUAGCUUCAAUUUUCGAAGAAGAUUAUCAGGUGAACCGUAUAUUCGUGCAUCCGAACUAUUCGCAUCCGAAGAGAUACAACAACGAUAUUGCUCUCGUGAGAUUGAAGUCCGAGAUCAUAUUCAGCGAGUUUGUGCGUCCGAUCUGUUUCCCGAAAGCGCCGGAGGACGAGAAGCUCGGACUCAACGCUACCGUCGCUGGAUGGGGAAAUAUCAAAGACAUCGAAAGCGUCACCGGCCAAGACAUAUUCAAGAAACUCAGACCCGAAGUCCUGCAAUGGGUUCAUCUCCCCCUCGUGAACAGCUCCACUUGUAACCAAUGGUACAAACAAGCCGGAAAGAAGGUCAGACUCAUAGCAUCUCAGAUAUGCGCCGGAUAUUCGUCCGGGAUAAAGGAUGCUUGUCAAGGGGACUCAGGAGGUCCGCUUAUGGUUCACACUGGGAGUAGAUUUAAAUUGGUUGGAGUCGUCUCCGCUGGUUUCGGGUGCGCACGACCGCUGCUUCCCGGCCUGUACACUAGAGUCAGCUUCUACAUGGAUUGGAUACGAGGAAUAAUGGACGUGUAA